AUGGCUGAAGAAAGUGAUUUCAGUAAAUCCAAUAACUCUUUGGAAAUGUCUACAGAAGAUUCUAAUUUUUCAAGCAGUGAAAAUUUACAAAAUGAUGGAAAGGAAGACAAACUUUUGUCUGAUAAUGGGAAAAUCGAGAAAAAAACGGAUUUCCCUAACACCUGCUAUUGUGGUAAAGAUAGAAAUCUGAACAUUGUUGAGCUGCUCUGUGCCAACUGUUCCCGUUGGUUCCAUGAGUCCUGCAUAGGUUAUCAGCUGGGUAAACUUGUUCCAUUCAUGUCCAACUACAUAUUUCUGUGCAAGAACUGCUCUCCCACAGGGCUGGAAAGUUUCAGAAAGAGCCAAGCACAAACACAACAGAUGUGUGUAACUGCUAUAGCCAACCUCCAACAAGCUAGCAUCAAAGAGGGUUCAAAUAGGACCAUGUUCAGCAAAGACCAAGAAAUUAUUCCCUACAUUGAAUACCAUUGGGAAGCUUUGACUACCACAUCCAGGAGAGUUACUCAAUCAUGGCAUAUUACUGUCACCAAAGCCCUCAUCAAAGACAUUCAUAUCCUCUUCAUAUUUGAAGAUAGUGGAGCUAGUGGACACAGUUAUGGUUUGCUGAAUCCUGAUGUAUCUCAGAUAAAACCAAAUUAUGGGGCUAUGAUUAAAGGUGGGGUGUUGAGAGUUACUGACAUGGGCAUUCAACAUGUUUCAGCGAACUCAAACGUGAAAUCGAGAAACGCGAAAAGGAAGUACCCCGGCGAUGUGGGCUUGCAAGGGAAGAAAGGCAGGGGCGUGGAUUUGGGAGUGGCGAAACUGCCUGCUCACGGCUACCCCUUGGAUCAUCCCUUCAACAAGGACGGGUACAGAUAUUUGUUGGCGGAGCCUGAUCCUCAUGCUCCAUUCAGACAGGAGUUCGACGAGAGUUCUGAUUGGGCGGGCAAGCCGAUCCCCGGCUGGUUGUACCGCACCUCGAUACCGACCGCGGUCCUCUUGGCACUGCACGACCGCGCGCCGCAACUGAAGAUCUCCGAGGACCGGCUCGCGGCUACCGGGGACAAGGGGUACUCCACCGUCAGGGCGACGCAUUGCGUCACCAAAGGCACCUGGUACUUCGAGACCACCAUCGAAGAGAUGCCGGAAGGCUCCGCAACCCGGAUCGGCUGGGGCCAGGACUACGCGAACCUGCAGGCGCCGCUCGGCUACGACAAGUUCGGGUACUCUUGGCGCUCGAAAAGGGGCACCAAGUUCCACGAGUCGCACGGCAAGAGGUACGGCGAGGGGUACGGGGAAGGAGACACGCUCGGGGUGAUGAUAUCGCUGCCAGAGAACGGGAAAACCACUAAAAUGUUGCCCGGGACUUAUAAAGAUAGGCCGUUGGUGAAAUUCAAGAGCCACCUCUACUAUGAGGACAAAGACAACGUCCAGGAGCGGCUGAAGGCGCUCGUCGCGCUGCCUGACAGCAAAAUUAUCUUCUUCAAGAACGGCGUCUGCCAGGGCGUCGCCUUCGAGGACGUAUACCAGGGUGGCUACUUUCCCGUGCUGUCGCUGCACAGAAAUGUUACCGUGUCGGUGAACUUCGGGCCGGUGUUCAAGUGCCCGCCGGCGGAAGGGGAGUUCGACUAUAGGCCGAUGUGUGAGAAAGCCGAGGAAGCAAUUUGUGAUCAGACCUUGGCCGACUUGAUUUAUCUGACAGAAAACGAAGGGAAGUUGCGACUGGAUAGUUUUGUUCUUUGA